AUGGACGACGAUGAUUGGCUGGACGAUCCCGUCGGCGAUCCCGAAAAGCGCAAGCAGCAGCAGGCGCGGAGAGGACCUGGAAAAGGUGGCCGUUGGUUUCCGUCGGCUGAGGAGGUGGAUACAGAGGAGGAGGAAGGCGGCGCGGACGGUGGUAUCGACGCGGGCAGCAAACCGAAUCGUCUUUCCGCUGAAGCUAACGCUGACGUUCUCGCGGUGACGGAUUGGGGCCGCGCGCCGCCCUCGAGAUUGCCGUGGGGCGACUACGGCGAUGACGUGGACCCGUCGCGCGAGUCGUCGUCGAUGCUGAGGCCGGAGCGCGGGAAGAAGACGGGGGGACGGGAAGCGCGUGACAGUAACGAGCGGCCGUCGCCGCCGUCUCCCACGGCUUCAGGUUCCGAUGCCAGCACGGGCACCGGCCGUUCGCGGCAGGGCGGGGCGGCGGGCGCAGCAGCGGCGGCGGCGGCAGCAGCAUGGCGCAAGCGGAGCGGGCGCAGCUCGUUCCGCCUUGGCGGCUCCAGCAGGCGCGGAGAGGGCACGGGGGAGAGUGAACGCGAGGGGGAGAAAGGGGGGAAGGCGCAGGGGGAAGGGACGGAUGCGGAAGGGGGAAAGCGGAAGUUUGGGGCUAGAGCGUGGAAAAGAGGUGCGGGAUUGAAUGAAAGGGAAGGGGAUGAGACCUCGGAGGGGCAAAUGCGCGCGCGCACUCCCCGCACUCCCCGCACUCCCGGCACUGCGCGCACUCCCCGGACUCCGCGCACGCCGCACACACCCAGAACGCCCCGCACCCCUGGUAGCCUUGCGCGCGCGCAUGGCAAUGCGCGCACGCCCCGCUCCCGCGGGCCCACCACGCCUGGCGGCAGGCGCAGCCGAAGCAGGGGGAACGCGGACGGGUGGGGGGAGGGGAACGGGGGAUGGAAGAGGGGGGAGGAGGGGGAUGAUGAGGACACGGUGGGGGAGGGUAGGGGCGCGCAGAGACGAGGGGGGGGUAGCAGGCAUGGGCGGGGCGGUGCUGGGGUAGGUAGUACUGGUGAGGGAGGGAGCAGUGGGGACGAGGAAGGGGAGGAAGAGGUGACAGGGGCUGGUGUGAGCCGCGUGUAUGGUAGUGAGAGCAGCAGGGGCGAUGCAGGCCCGGGGGGAAGCUAUAACUGGCGCGCAGAGGAUGCGGGGAAGGAUGGGGGAACAGCAGGUGGGGGGGAUGGAGAGAGUGGGGAGAAUGGAGGGGUGGUGGGGAGUGAGAAGCGGUUCUGGUGGGAGGCGGGUGCGGUUGGGGGGAAGGAUGGGGGGGAGGAGUUGUUUGGAGCGAGAGUGGGGGGUUUGGGUGUGGGUAUGGGAGGGGCGUUUGGGGGAGGGCGAGGUGGGCGGAACGGGGAAGGGAUGGGCAACGCGAGCGUGGGCGGGCGUGAUGCUGCCUCCCAUGCUGCCGGGAUGCUCUCGCCUAGCGAUGGUGACGGCGAUGGUAACAAUGGUGCUAUUGGUGGUGCUAGUGGUGGUGCUGGUGAUGGUGGUGAUGGUGGUGGUGGCGGCAAUAGUUGUGUUAAUGGUGAGGAGUCUGAACAUGAGAAGCAUGACGGAGAUGGUUGUGAUGAUUCUCAGCAUGAUGGUCAUGAUAAUCACUCGCCUGUCACCGCCGCCAACUCUGCUGUGCUGAUUGCCGCCAUGCAUGGGAAACCAAAUGCUUGUCAUGCCACAUGUUUGCCCCUAUCCCCCACCUUGUCCCCAACAUUCAAGCCCCUGUCCCCUGUCAAACCCCCCGGCACCCCUUCCUCCCGUUCCCCCCGCACCGCCUCCCUCCGCUCCCCCGCCUCCUUGUCCGCGCGCCCUUCCCCCCCUCUCUCCCCGCUCUCCCCCAGCGCCUCCUCCCCCGCACCUGACACCUCCGCUGACCACGCUGCCUUGAUUCCGCUUGACCUUCCUUCGUCCGCUGUUCCCCUGCCUGCGCCACCGGCGCUGUCAACGAGAGAACCCACCUCAUCUCUAUCUCCUGACUCUCACCUCCAUGCUGCCUCUUCUCCUCCUCCUUCAUCCGCGCUUCACUCUGCUUCCUCCUCUCCCUCCGCGCUCCCUCUCGACUCCCACCUCUCCCAACCGUUCUCCACUCCUCUGUACCCGGAAGACCCAUCGUUCCUGGCGCUACCUGCUGCUGCUGCUUCGUCGUCCCUUCAACCGCCCUAUACCUCCGUGCAACCCACCUAUACCUCUCGUUAUGCUGCUCAAUACGGAGCAGGGGCAGGAGCAGGGGUAGGGGCAGCGGCAGGGGCAGCAGGGGCGGGCAGGGGCGGGAGGGCUAGAGUGGGGGUGGCAGCAGCGGCGCUGGCAGCACUCGGAGGGGGGAGCGUGGGGGGAACAGGAGUGGUGAGCCGGGCUUAUGGGCAUGGGUCGCACGGGGUUGGCGCGAAUGGGGAUGAAACGGAUGGGAUGAGGAGCAGCAGUGGGGGUUCGUUUGGGUGGGGCAUGAGGCUGCUGCAGCAGUCUGGGUCUGGGUGUAAAGAGGUGGAGAUUGUAGAAGGAGAUGGGGAGAGUGGCGAGGGGAGAGGAGGGGAGGAGACGGAGGGGCAUGAUGAGAGUGUGGCGCGAGGGGGUGUGGUGGGAGUGAGAGGGGCAGUGGCAGCAGCACACGUGGCAGAAGAGGGAAGGAAUGCGGAGGGGAACAACGCGGAGGUGUGGGGAGAGAAAGAGAGGGAGGAAGCAGGAGCACAGAGCCUUGGCACUACACAAAUAAGGAAGGAAAGGGUGGAAGCAGGCGGAGGAGCAGGAGGAGCAACAGGUCCGGAUUAUUCUCGGUUCUGGAAUCAGAGCAGGGCUAGAGCGGAGCAAGGGGAUGAAGAGGAGGAAGAGGAGGAGGUGGAGGAGCCGCCAUGGGAGAUGCUGAGGGACAUUCACGAUGAGAUGGCUGCUGAGUGGCUGCGCAGGGGCCUGCUCAGACGAGCGCUUGAGAAGGAUGACGGAGGGAAGACGGGAGAUGAGAGUGCGGAUGGCACAGAACCCAAGUCAAGCGAACGAGCAGAGGGGGUAGCAGCAGCAGCAGCAGCAGCAGCAGAAGCAGCAGCAAUGGUCUCACCAUUGCCCGCAGAACCUGGUUUCUCCUCGCCUGACCCAUCCAUGACCGCACAUGCCCCGUGCACCCCUCACAUACAGGACAAACGCAUCUUCUCCUCCCCCUCCACCGCCUCCCCGUCCCCUCUCUCCUCAUUCACCCCGUCCCUCUCCACACCCUCUCCGCCCACUGCCUCCUCCUCCUCCUCCUCCUCCUCCUCCUCUGCCUCGUCAGCAUCAUCCCUGGCGCCCCACACGCCUCCUCUCCCCCCUCCGCCUGGCCGUGUGCUCGUCUUCUCCCCCGCCUCGCCCUUGGACGAGCAGCCUGAGGAGACUUCUGAGGCGACUCAAAAGUCAAACACGCCUCCUCUUCCCCCUCCACCUGGUCGUGCGCUCGCCUUCUCCCCCCUCACGCCCCCCUUGGACGAGUGGCCUGAGGAGGGCCAUACUUCAGAAACGCCUAAAAAAUCGCCUACUCUCCCUCCCCCGCCUGGUCGUGUGCUCGCCUUCCCCCCCGUCACGCCCCCCUUGGACGAGUGGCCUGAAGAACAUAUAUCAGAAGCGCCUCAGAAAUCGCUUCCUCUGCCCGCUCCUCCUGGCCGUAUGCUCGCCUUCUCCCCCGCCCCGGCCUUGGAAGAGCAGCGUGAGGCCGAGGGCGUUUGCACCACAGCAACGACAACCUCACAGCAUGAGGGAAGCAACUGUGAGGGCGAGGGAGCGAAGCACCUGUUGUCGCCUGUGCACCACCCAGCGUCGUCAUCCCCGCAAGCAGCGCCUCUCGAGUUGCCCUCGCCACCAUCCCAGCAACCUGCAUCACUGGAGCUCUCAUCUCACCUGGACCAACAGGGUCCAUCAGUGGAGGUACCGUCCCCGCUGUCCCAACACGCGACAUCUCUAGAACUCCCCUCGCCAUCACAGCAGGGCACGUCAGUGGAGGUAUCUCCAGUGGGGUCACAGGGAGGGCGGAUGAAGCCGUGGCUUGAGACGUCUCAAAACACGUCCCAACGCGCGGCACCUUUAGACCUCCCCUCUCCGUCGCAGCAAGGCGCGUCAGUGGAGGUAUCCCCAGUGGGGUCACAGGGAGGGCGCAUGAAGCCGUGGCGCAGCAGAAGCAUAGGCGCCCGGGCAGGCAUUCCCAGCCCCCGAGCUAGCAUUCCCAGUCCCAGGACUCGUGAAGCGGGCACAGCAGGUGGAGCAGGAGGGGCAGGUGGAGGGGCUGGGGGAGGGGCAGGAGGGGCGGGUGGGUCGCUGGUUAGUCCAAGAGCAGCACCGCCGGUCAAUCCCCGGCGCUGGCUUAACUGCCUCAAGUCGCACCCGCUUAUCGGUCCCAAGAUCACAGCUCGCGACGAGGGCCCGCUGCAGUUCAUUCAGGACAUUCGCAUCCUCGACUGCCCCAACAGUGCCAAGGGAGCGCGAGUGGAGUUUCUGUUCCGCGCCAAUCCCUUCUUUGGCAACAUUAGGGUGAAUGCGGCUAGGUUGAGAGAGGUGCGGUUGGAUAGCCUCAGUGCAGCUUUGAAGGGGCGGAAGUGGAAGGUGGGGGGGAGGGGGGCGGGCGAAGGGAAGGGGAAGUGGGGAGGAGGGAGUGAUGGGAGUGGGAGUGAUGGGGCGGAGGAGGAAGGUUGGGAGGAGGGAGAGGAGGAUGAUGAGGAGGAAGAGGAGGUGGAGAGGUUGGGAGAGAUGCUGAUGAAACUGGAACAAGAGAGAGGGGCGUGGGUUCGGAAGGAGGGGGCGGAGGGGGGUGUGGAGGGAGGAAGGCAACGUGAGGAGACGAGGGGAGGCGAGGAGGAGGAGAGGGAGGAAGACAUUGGGAGUGAAUCUGAUGAUGGUAUGAUGCCGGGGAUGGUGGAUGGGGGAGGUGGAGGAGGAGGAUGGUGCGGAGAGGGUGGGGGCGUUGGAGGGAAAGAUGCGGGGAGAGAGGCAGAAGGAAGCAGCAAGAGGGCAUCUGCGCCGUCUGGAAGACCAUCUGACACAUCACUUGACACCUUCUCCCACACGUCACCUGAGACAUCACCUGACGGCACACCUGACAGGACUCCUGGAAGCACACCUGAAGGCAACCUGGGGAGCCACGGCAGCUGGAGCUUGCGAAUGGGGAGUGAGAGUGAAGAGGCGGAGAUGCCUGGUAUGGGGGGUGCAGAGGAAGAAGAAGAGGACGACUUUGAUGUGCCUCUAGAAGCACUGCAGAGCCUCCGUCCUGCUGAGCCACACCCACUCCUACUCCUGCCGCUCCGACUCAACCCCCACACUCCCACCGCGGCUGCUGCCGCUGCCGCUGCGGCUGCGGCGACUGCAGAAGCAGCAGAGGCAGCUUCGGCGGAAGUGGCGGCGGGGUCAGCGGCGGGGAUGCACCCUGGCUGGCCCGCUGCAGACAGCACAGGCGCACCACCCUCCCUCUCGCCCACACUCCCCCACACGCACCUCACAGACCUCCCCGAUCCCCUCCUGGCCCUCAUCCUCGCCCGCAUCUCCCACCCCAGCGACAUUGCCGCGUGCCUGCUCACCAGCCGCCGCGUCUCCCGCCUCACCCGCUCCUCCCUCUCCCUCCUCGCUCUCCCCCCCGGGGCCCGCAUUGCCAAGGGGGAUUUACUGCCGUGCUUGGCUGAUUCCGGGAGGUAUCCGGGGUUGACGGGAGUGGUGUUAGGGAGGGAUGCGGUGGAGGAGGAGGGGGAUGAUGUGGUGCUGGCGCUGGCGGCGUGUGGAGGAAGGCUGGUGAAACUGGCCCUGGAUGGCCAGCCCAAUGGCAUGGAUCGCGCCAAGUGCCGUUCACUAUCUAGUCUUGACUCCCUCUUUCUCUCCUGCACCAAUCUGCAAGCUCUCUCUCUCUGCACCGGUCGCUACACCCGCACGCUCCCGCCCACUCUCUCCUGCCUCUCCGCCCUCUCCUCUCUCGCAAUCAACAACAGCGCAUGCAAACUAGGACUCAUCUCCCUCCCUCGCUCCCUCGGAACUUUGAUUAAUCUCCGCUCUCUCUCACUGGUCUGCUGCUGGCAGUUAGCUUCCCUGCCCGAACAAAUCGGGCAGCUAACAAACCUCCAGGAGCUUCGCCUGAUAAGCCUUGACUGCGUUCGUAGGCUGCCCGAGUCUCUGGGCAGAUUAUCAGCUCUCGAGCUGUUGCACAUCCGUUGCUGUUGCUCUUUACUACAGCUGCCCGAAAGCAUCGGGCACCUUAACAAACUGACCGAGCUAGUUUUAGACAUGACAGGUAGCACUUCGUGGCUUGGAACGAUUUCAUACCUGCCCGAAUCCCUUGGCGAUCUAUCAAGCCUUAGACAACUAGAGAUUCGCGGCUGCCCGAGGAUCACUGAGCUGCCCGAAAGCACUGGAUACUUAGAGGCCUUAGAGGAGUUUAUUUUCGAUUCAGGAGGGUUUGCAGAUGAUUCAGAGGAGUGUGGACUAACCCACUUACCCCUAACCUUCUCCCAGCUUCACUCUCUUAGGCUACUUGAUCUCCGGCGCUGCUACGAACUUUCGGCGCUGCCCGAGUCGCUGGGCAGCUUGAGCAAUCUCCAGGUGCUGCGUCUGGUGCAGUGCUUUUCUGUGGGGUCGCUGCCCGAGUCCUUGGGGCAGCUGGAAAAUAUUACAACUAUUUAUGUGGACAACAGGUUCUACUUCCACACUGCAGUGCCCUCUGCACCCGCUCCAGCAGCAGCACCACCACCACUACCACCAGGAGCAGCAGCAACAGCAGCAGCAGCAGCAGCAGCAGCAGCAGCAGCACCAUCAGCAGCAGCCCACGGCAUAUCCCAUCUGAGCCCCUCCCUCCACCACCUGUCCAGCCUGCACUGUCUCGAGCUCAUCAACUGCUCCUCCCUUCGCCACCUGCCCUCCUCCCUCGCCUCCCUCCCGUCCCUCCGCCGCCUGGUCCUGCUCAACUGCCCCGCCCUCACGGCCCUCCCGCAGGGUAUCUCCCGCCUCUCCUCGCUCUCCUCCCUCGUGCUCCUGCACUGCCCGCUGCUUGCGGGGAACGAUCGGCAGGGAGAAGCAGCUGUUGGAGAGAAGCUGCUGUUAAGGCAGGGGACUGAGACGGGGGGUGAGGAUGAUGAUUCAGCAGCGAACAGUGGUACUGCUAGUGGUGGUGCUGCUAGUGGUGGUGCUGCUAGUGGUGGUGCUGCUAGUGGUGGUGCUGCUAGUGGUGGUGCUGCUAGUGGUGGUGCUGCUAGUGGUGGUGCUGCUAGUGGUGGUGCUGCUAGUGGUGGUGCUGCUAGUGGUGGUGCUGCUAGUGGUGGUGCUGCUAGUGGUGGUGCUGCUAGUGGUGGUGCUGCUAGUGGUGGUGCUGCUAGUGGUGGUGCUGCUAGUGGUGGUGCUGCUAGUGGUGGUGCUGCUAGUGGUGGUGCUGCUAGUGGUGGUGCUGCUAGUGGUGGUGCUGCUAGUGGUGGUGCUGCUAGUGGUGGUGCUGCUAGUGGUGGUGCUGCUAGUGGUGGUGCUGCUAGUGGUGGUGCUGCUAGUGGUGGUGCUGCUAGUGGUGGUGCUGCUAGUGGUGGUGCUGCUAGUGGUGGUGCUGCUAGUGGUGGUGCUGCUAGUGGUGGUGCUGCUAGUGGUGGUGCUGCUAGUGGUGGUGCUGCUAGUGGUGGUGCUGCUAGUGGUGGUGCUGCUAGUGGUGGUGCUGCUAGUGGUGGUGCUGCUAGUGGUGGUGCUGCUAGUGGUGGUGCUGCUAGUGGUGGUGCUGCUAGUGGUGGUGCUGCUAGUGGUGGUGCUGCUAGUGGUGGUGCUGCUAGUGGUGGUGCUGCUAGUGGUGGUGCUGCUAGUGGUGGUGCUGCUAGUGGUGGUGCUGCUAGUGGUGGUGCUGCUAGUGGUGGUGCUGCUAGUGGUGGUGCUGCUAGUGGUGGUGCUGCUAGUGGUGGUGCUGCUAGUGGUGGUGCUGCUAGUGGUGGUGCUGCUAGUGGUGGUGCUGCUAGUGGUGGUGCUGCUAGUGGUGGUGCUGCUAGUGGUGGUGCUGCUAGUGGUGGUGCUGCUAGUGGUGGUGCUGCUAGUGGUGGUGCUGCUAGUGGUGGUGCUGCUAGUGGUAGUGCUGCUAGUGGUAGUGCUGAGAGUACGGCUGGGAUGGGAAGUGCGAGGAACGGAGGUUAUUGGAGCCGUGGCAGUGGUAGCGGCAGCGGCAGCAGUGGAGGCGGGACACUGACUGAGCUGGUGGGUCUGCCGCUUACAAGGGUGGUGGUGGAUGCGCACACACACACGCUGCUGCCUCCAUCCCUCGUCUCCUCUCUCCGGCGCAGCGUGGUGCUCCUGUCAUCCUGA